AUGCUGGACAUUAAUUUCCUAGUUGUGGAGAAUUCUUUGGGUUUAUUUGAUUUGCUUGGAUGCCAAAUACGCUGGCAUUGGAAAGCCAAUAAUCAAAGCACAUGGCAUAAGUUUGAUGUUGUGGUCCAUACAGAUAUUCCAGAUGUUUCGCAUCCUGAGUUCUUGAGUAUUCGGCCAAAUAGUAGCUCUGAGGAUUGCCAAGCAAAACUUACAAUUGGAUCAAUUGCUAUGUGUUGCUUAUUGACACAGUUAAAUUCUGCAAAUACAUUGAUAAAGAUUGUCCGAGACUUGCUUUCCUCCUUGGUUGGGACUUUUGGAGCUACAAACUCCCCGUUUGCUUGUAUAUCUGAUUCCCUGAACAAACCAACACCUCUGCGGUUGGAUGUGUCCUUGCCCUCAUUUCAAGAUAUUAAGUGGAGCUUAUCACGCUUACUUUAUUUGUUCAACAUGCAACUUGAAAGAAAUGUUGCUACGUCCUUUGUGGUGCUACUUGUGGCUUGCUUCUCAUUUGUUGUCAUUGGAGGUUUCCUGUUUUUCAAGUUCAGGGCUCGUCAGUCUCUGGAGGACUGCUUCUGGGAAGCUUGGGCAUGUCUUUGUUCAUCUUCUACUCAUUUAAGGCAAAAAACACGAGUUGAACGUGUUAUUGGCUUUGUUCUUGCUAUAUGGGGUAUAUUGUUCUACUCUCGGCUACUGAGCACAAUGACAGAACAGUUCAGGAAUAACAUGCAAAGACUCAGGGACGGGGCACAAAUGCAAGUUCUUGAGACAGAUCAUAUCAUUAUUUGUGGAGUUAACAGUCAUCUGACUUUCAUACUAAAGCAGCUUAACAAGUACCAUGAGUUUGCUGUUCGCUUAGGUACUGCAACAGCUAGGAGGCAGAGAAUUCUUCUUAUGUCUGAUCUCCCAAGGAAGCAGAUGGACAAGCUAGCUGACAAUAUUGCCAAAGAUCUUAGCCAUAUUGAUGUCCUCACUAAAAGGUGUGGUAUUAAGUAA